AAAAAAAAAAAAAAGUGAGACAUUUUUACACGUUACUGCACGUCGCCUAUAAACUAAGAGUACCAUUUUCUUUCUGCUCUUUACAUUUUCUUUCUUUCUUUUCUUUCUCUUUUUAUUAUUAAAAUUUCAUUUCACUGACACAAGAGAUUUAUCAUUGUAUUGUCUAUAGUUCUUUUUGAUUUUAUAAUUGUCAACGAAUAAUUAUAUAAUAGCUAUCUAUUUACAAACAGUGACAAAAAAAAAGACAUAUAUAUAUUUAUAUACAUAUAUUUAAAUAUAUACAGACCUUAUUUAUUUGAGGUACCUUAUUAAUGCUAAAUAUUGCACCUUACAUUCCAAAAUAUGUAAGAUCAUUAUAUGCUCACAAUGAGCAUUUGGAAAUCCCUUAUAAUCAUUCACAAUUUGGAGUGGUACUUAUGGUGGAUGUUGUUGGCUUUAGUUCUUUAACUACAAAAGCUACCGAGAAAGGUGAUUCUGGUGCUGAAGCUGUUGCUCUUGAAAUUGGCUCAUAUAUGGGAGAAUGUAUUGAAAUUAUUGAACAUUUUGGAGGAGAUGUUGUUAAAUUUUUAGGUGAUGCUGUCCUCGUUAGCUUUCAGCCAAAUCAUUUUGACGAUAAUGAUGACUUUGAAUCAGGAGAGAUAUCAAAAGAAAAAGAAGCAAGACAAAAGAAUGUACUUGUACGAAGAGCAGUAGAAUGCGGAUUACAACUUUUAGCUAGAUUAUCUCAUUAUCGUGUCUAUUUAACGGCAGAGGAACGUACAAAGCAUCGAUCUUCACUCACAGGUGAAAUAGAUCGUCGAUCAAAACCAGAUAAAAAUCAACAUUUCUUCUUAUUUGAUGCUAGUGGUACGAAUUCAUCAUCAGAGAGUGAAGGUUCAAGUUCAGGAGAAAGUUUUCAUAUGUUCUCUGCAUUGGAUACACAUCAAAAUUAUACAGAGGAGUAUUCAACUUCUUUUCAUUUUUGGAAUUAUAUAUCAGCUUUAUUUGGAAAGGGAAGAAAUAAUAGUCAUACAUUUGCUGCUCGUAGAUCAAGUUAUACAAGUGAAGUCGCUCGACGUGUACCAGAUGCUAUCUAUUUAGAGUUACAUAUCGCCUUGUCCUGCGGGAAGAUCUCGAAUGUCAUCUUGGGUGAUGUAAAGAAUUCGAUCUAUGAGCCCAAUGAAAGAAAGAGGAGGUUUUCUUAUAUUGGUACUGAUAUACAUGACCCACCUCUUGAUUAUAAUAUAGAUUAUGUUGGUCGAUUAGAGUAUGCUAUCUGUGGACCAGCUGUAGAGGCAUUAGAGGAAGCAUUGAUGGUAGCAAAUGCAGGAGAAAUGAGUAUCACUCCAGAGGCAUAUGAAUUGUUUCAAAAUCAAACAAUGAAUUUAACUUAUGAAAAGAGAAAUCAGUUUUAUAUUGUUAAAAAUACUUCAUAUGAAUCCUCAUCAAAGAAGGCCACUCGUCACUAUCCAUCACAUGCAAAGGCUUUAUCGAAAUCAAAUGCAUCUUAUCUUGCUGAUCGACCAGAAUUAAUGAAUCGUGCUGCUACACUGAAUAUUGAACCACUUAUCCCUCGUACUAGAGACAAUUCAUUUUUGGAAUUAUCUUUUGACCCUAAUUCUAAUUAUUUGAAACAUAUUAACCGUAGUGCCUUAUAUCGACUCCAACAUAGUCCUGAAGAUGACUUUACAGCUCAAUUCAGAGAAGUUACAAUCAUGUUUAUAAGUCUAGGUAAAUUAAUUGUAGAUACUCCUGAGGGUCUACAAAUCGCCCAAAAUGCUGUCAAUACAGCUAUUCAAACAAUAAUAAAAUAUGAAGGUAUUUUACAACAGUUUGCAGUAGAUGACAAAGGUGCAACCUUAUUAGCUGUAUUUGGUCUUCCACCUCUUUCUCAUGAAAGGGAAGCUGUAUUUGCAGCAAAAACAGCAAUUGAACUUCGCGAGAGUUUUUUAACCAUCUUGGAUGAUUUUGCAAUCUCUUUAUCCACAGGUAUUAUAUUUAGUGCUGUCUUACCACAGGGGAACCCUUAUCGUAGAGACCCUGCGAUUGCGGGCGAUACAAUUGUUUUAGCUGUACGAAUGCUUAAAUUUCCAUUUUCUAAAAAAAAUAUUAUUUGUGAUUUUGCUACAAAACAGCAGAUAGGAAGAAUAUGUGAAUUUGAAGAUUAUGGAGAAAAGUUUGUGAAAGGUAAAGUAAAGCCGAUACAUAUUUACAGCAUCCUUCAAUUUGCACCUGCCAAAACAAAACGUAUCUCUGCUCAAUAUCAAGAGAAAAAUUCGGAUUUUAUUGGCUAUAAAUCUGAAAUGAGACUUGCUACUGAUUUUGUGGAGGAAUGGGGGGAAUCCCCUAAUUAUCAUUUGUUGGUCAUCUCUGGUCCUUCUGGUGCUGGUAAAAGCUUCUUUUGUCAUACUCUAAGUAGACAAAUUAGUUCUUUCAAUACAAUCUGUUGUUGGUCAUCUUCUACAGAAGUGGAGAAAAGUUCUAAAUAUUAUCUAGUAAAGAAUAUUUUGUUGGCACUUUUUGAUAUUAUUGAAUCAGGUCAGAUACCUCAAAAUAUGAAAAGAAGGGUCUCUUGUAUAGCUGGAUCAAGUGGAGCUUACACAAAUGAUUCUACUUCACAUUAUUUUUCAAAUAGUGAAAAUUCAGUUGGUUCUUCUCAUUCUUCUCUAGCACAUUCGCCUACAACGAUAUCACCUAAGGAUAAUCAUAACAACCAUCCUCUUAACAUCCUUCGUCAAUCAUUACCAACUUCAAAUACCUCAGGUUCCUCCGUCACAGAUGAUAAUGAAGAGCAUAUGGAAAAUGCUAAUGAUUUAGUCGAUCUAAUUACGCGUUGUCUUCGUAUAUGCGGAGAAGAAGAAAAACUACUUCCCUUAUUUAAAGUUAUUUUUGCUCCAUUGGCUGAUCUAAAAGAUAAUAAAUAUAUUCAACGUUUAGAUGGUCGUGGUCGAGAUAUCUUGCUGACAGGGACCAUUAAUCGUAUGGUAAAAUAUGUUUCAGAACAUGUUGGUCUUGUAUUUAUUUCUGAUGAUGUACAAUGGGCUGAUUCUGCAUCUAUUCGUUUAUUACAACACAUACAUGAACAUUGUCAAAAAGUUCUACUUGUAUUUGCAACUCGUCCAGUAAAAGAUUAUAAUGUGACAUUUAUUAAUAAUUUUCAAGAGACUGGUUCUUUCGAAGGCAUUGAAUUAAAUGGUUUAGGUGCAACUGAAAUAGGUGAAAUUAUUUUACAAACAUUUCAAACUGCCGGUGUAACAAGUGUAAGUCCAGAAAUUGUUCAAGUGAUUCAAAAGCGUACAGCUGGCAAUCCACUUUAUGUCAAAAACAUGGCUAUUGUAUUGAAAGACUUUAAUCAUGUUUCUGUAAUCGAGAAUGUGCUGGUCCCUAGUAGUAAUCAGUUUGAUUUAGAAGACUUGUUAGGUAACUUUGAUUAUAAACGUACUAUCAAGAUGCAGUUUGAUCGUUUAGAAGGAAGUUAUCAAGAAUUCCUUAUGGUUGCGAGUUGUUUAGAUCAAUAUUUUACUAUUGCAGAAGUACAAUCAGUUAUUAAAGAGAGUAAUACAGAAUUUAAAUAUGCCAACUGUGAAGAGGCACAACGAAGCAUAGAAAAAUAUGAUGUAUACCAUUUCAUCCAAAAAGUAGAUGAUAGUAUUCUUGAAAAUGGUAGCAGUCCUUUGUAUACCUUUACACAUAUCACGAUUCCACAAUGUAUCUAUGAUAUGGUUUCAUAUGAGACUCGCAUUUUAUUGCAUCGUCUUCUAGCCAAAUAUUACGAAAGUGAAUUGACACGAGAAAAUUAUGCAGACCUAUUAGGAAAAGUGACACGUCAUUACCUUCAAACAGAUUGGCUUGAUAAGCAGCUCUAUUACCUAGAGGCACUCGCGGAUAUUAACAUUAAAUCAUAUUUAUUACCAGAGGCCACAGGAAAUUUAGAACGCAUCGUAAAGAUACUUGAUGAAAAUCGCUCCUUAGCUGCACAAUUUGGUCGUCUUCAUCGUAGUGAUAUCUAUCGUCGGCUUGGUAUGUGUUUCGCGAUGCGAACCAAACUAAAAGAAGGUGAACAUUACUUAUUUCAAGCGUUAGAGUGUCUGGGUGAACCCUGGCCCCAAAGUGAACCAGAAUUUGUUUUCAAGUAUUGGGUUAAUUGUCUAGUACAAUACAGACAUCGUAAAUUCCCUAACCUUCAUAAACGUGAGAAAGAUUUAAAGAAGGAGAUUGUAAAACGUGUGGUUGAGAUCAUGGUCCAACUCUCUAACAUCUACUUUUACACUGGGAAGGGGCGUUCGUUUGUUUAUACCUGUCUUGUGGGUCUGAAUGCUUGUGAACGUCUGAAUGAAGUAGGUCCUCAUUAUACCCUUUUCUUGGCUAGAAAUUCAUUACUGAGCUGGCUCAAUGAUGAAAAAGAACAGAGUAUCUUUUAUAUUACAAGGGCAUUAAGGUAUAUGGAUGAUAAAAACGAUGCAGAUACCUUAACCAUCUGCGCUCUCCUCUGUUUUGCUGCUGGAAAGUUUAAAAAUGCAAGAGAGUUGUUGUAUCAAUCCAUCGAUGUAGUUAAAACAUUAGGCAUCAUCACUGAUUGUCAGGCCUUUUAUCGGUCCGUUAGCUUGAUCAUCACGAUGCGUAUCUUUGAGGGCACCUUAGAUAAUUCCCCUGAUGAUUUGUUUCUGUUAAAGGAAAUGGCUAAUACAGCGCAUAGCAACUGUGAUUUUGAAGCUGAAAUCUGGUUAUCCGUCUAUCAUGUCGGUAAUGCCCUUAUUAUGGAUAGAUUACGUGAAUGUGAGCCCUUUGUGGCAUUAUUAGAGACUCAUUUAAAAAAAUCGGCUGAAUACAAUCGAAUUGCUAUUCAUGGAACAUUACUUUGUUAUUAUGCAAGAACAAGAAAUUAUGAAAAUGCUCGACGACAUACUCGAAGCCUUGUAGCCAUAUUGCCACUUCUAACCGUUACACCCAAUAUCUUUCCAAUUUUUGGAUUAAUAUUUGCCACAAUGGGCUUAUAUUGUAUGAUUGAAGAUGAACAAGUGGAUUUGGUAUCCACAGGCGACUCAAAGAAUUAUGAUCGUUUUAUUCUUGGAGUAUCAAGAAUCAAUCAUGCUUUUCAACAAGUUAAAUUUUGGGAAUUUACACAGCCUUGUUUAUACUUGGCUAGAGCAUUACCUUAUAUCAGUACAGGUAGAACGGUAGAAGGAUUUAUGGUUCUACAACAUGGUGUAUUAGAGAUGCGGUUUAUUCAAGAGAUUCGUUUCUUGAAGGCAUACUAUUGGGCUAAUCUUGGUAAAUAUGCCUUUAUGCCUGCAGAUCGUAUAGAAUGGACUGAACGAGCUAAAGCUGAUUUAGAAGUUCUGAAGAUACCAUCUCAUGUCUAUUGUAAUCCUGAUCCGGCCAAUUCAUAUUCUCGUGAUGCUCCUGCUGAUCUAACAGUAUAAGCUAUAUUCUGUUUAUAUUCAUCCUAUUUACACGUUUAUUAUCUUAUUUUGAUUAUUUAUUUAGUAUAUGACAGCUGGUUUUUUUUUAUCCAUUUAUCUUAUAGCUACUACAUGUAUUAUAUUUAUACCUUUUUUUUUACAUUUGAU